GGUACUACAAUCUCCCGGGAUUCUAUAUCUACCGAGACAAUGACCACUAUGAUUACUCAGAAACGAGGUGAACGAUCAGCGAUUGACAAGAAUGAUAAGAAAUUUCUUCUCUUGUCACCUGAUUUGGGAAGAACUUAUGAAGAACGAACACUUUACUUACGGAAUAAAUUACACGCUAAUAAAUCAAUUGUGGCAGGCGGCAGAAUUAUUACUGAAGAACUCGCGAUUGAGCUACGCGUGACCAUAUUUGGUACAGCGGCGUGCCCGCCUCGUGGUGAAUGGAUCCGAUCACCAUUAAUAAUGAGACCUCCUGACCAGGCGUUUGCUUACGGUCUAAUAGGACAACGUAAUAGUACGAGGGCUUUGUUAACUGGUCUUCAAGCUUAUAUCCUAAAAUGGAUUUUGUUCGACUCCCGUCCUCCUACUAUGGACAAGAAGUCUGCGGAACCACCCGAAAGUCAACUACGUGUUAGUGAGGCGCUUCAAGAGGAGGUUUCGUGGCGAGUGUGCAGUGACGUCAUCUGGCAGUGCGGCGCACAAAGCGGAUCAGACGGCAAGGCCGUGGUCGCUCUGCCUACUGAAACUACGUAUGUGUAUAACAACCUCAAAUACUAUCAGGACGGUGUGACGGAAAAGUUAUUUGAAUUAAAAAGUCUAGAGGAGUUGCAGAUAUUUCUCAAACGCUACCUUUAUUUAUUUCAAGGUGAUGGUGGUUCUGGAGCGCUCUUGAUGUUAUACGCGAUGGUGUUAACUAGAGGAUGUCAGAAUAUCAAGAAAGACUUGGAUGGCAAACUAAAUUAUUUAUUAUCAGCACGGCCGGAGGGCUCUUUGAACUUGACCAUGCUUGUGAUAACAGGACGAGCUACGCCUUAUUUACAUAAUGGAGUUGUAUACGUUGGAGAUGAGGAUAAUUAUGCAUUGCCACAAUUCGGUGUUCUGUCCCGAAGUCCUGUGGGUUUUUUGCUUUGGCACGAAGGAUUAGACAAUCGUUUGUCCGCGCUGACAAAACAACAUCCCGGCUCACGACUUAAAACUCCAGCUUUUCCCAUAUGGAUAACAUGUUCGUCAGGACAUUUCGGUGUUUUAUUCAACACAAAUAGAGAACUAUUGAAAAAUUACCAAGCGGAAAAAAGGUUCGAUAUACACUACUACACUUGCGGCGGUUGCUACGUGGCUCUGAAUAUUGACACCAGAGUGGGGAUCCAAGCAUCCGUAUAUAAAGACGACUUGCACACCACACCGCUUGAAAAACUCAUUCACACUAAAUGGCAAGAUGCGACAAUCACCUGGACAUCCAUAAACAGUAAAAUUGGAGAUUCAUCUAAACAAAAAUAA